AUGUCCAUUAAUGCCAACUUCUCUCAAGCACUAGUAGUUUUAGAAAGCCAUAACAACGUAUUCAUAAAAUUCAAAAGACCAGCAAGGCUAAAUUCUUGGAACUCAGAAAUGACACAUGUAGUUAGUUAUAUUAUUAAUAGAGCUGCCAAAGAAAAGCAAAAUAUAUCACAUGAUAAAGGCUUUAUUAGCUUAGGUAAAGAUUAGCUAUUUAUAGAAUUAUUUAAAAAUGAUAGUAAAUAUUGUUAGUGUGCGUUUAUAAGUACUUUUAGAGGACUAAUAUUUUAUGGAGAAGGCAGAGCGUUUUCGGCUGGUUGCGAUAUUCUUGGAAUUGCGAAAGGAAAUAUUGUGCCAAGUGAAAUUUUUAGAUACGAAGUAGAAACUCUAUUACAGUUGACGAGGUUAGAAACUCAUACAGUCGCUUUGAUGAACGGGAUUACUAUGGGAGCAGGAGCAGGACUUGCAUGGGGCUGCUCUAUAAGGGUAUCCACACCUAACACUGUGUGGGCAAUGCCUGAGACCUCAAUAGGAUUUUGCCCUGAUGUAGGUGCUUCGUAUUUUUUAAAUAAAGUGAACCCGCCUGAGCUGGGUCUUUAUUUGCAGUUGACUGGAGAAAAAUUGAAUGGAGUUGAUUGCUAUUUGUUUGGGUUUUCACAUUACCACAUUGAAGAAAAACUUGAAAAAGUUAGAAAAGAAAUCUUUUUAGGGGAAGAUAUCGUAAAAGUAUUUGAAAAAUAUCACAUAGAGCCUGAUACCGAAAAGUCUACAAUUAUGCCUGUGUUAAAAGAUCUGAGAGAGUGCUUUAACAUUUAUCACAGCCUUGAGUUUAUUAUUUAUAAACUUAAAGAAAAAAAUACACCUUGGAGCUUAAGGAUUUAUUCUAAGCUUCAAAAAUUAUGCCCGCUGUCUUUGAGAGUAGCUUAUGAGUCUUUUAGAAGAGGAAGAAACCUUAGUUAUAUGGACUGCCUAAAAAUGGAAUAUUCCUGGAGAAUGCAGGUUGAUUUCUAUAGGACUGAUUUUAGAAUAUCGGAUAAAAUCCGGCAUCUCCUUUCCUUUUAUGAAGUCAAACAGAAUUUGAUAAAUCCAUCCCAUUUAAAUAAAUUUUUAAAGCUCUUUUUUACUUGUCAGAAGUGGAGGAGAUAUCAGAUCUUAUAGGCUAUAAUCAGCUAAAAGGGUGCACACCUUAUAUAACUUAGGAGUACAGAUGACGAGCUACAGAUCAACGAAUUUCAAAGAAGCAAUUCAAAAGAAAAUGAUAAAUAAAAGCAGAGCAGCGGUAAAUUGAAUACCGAAUUCCAUAGUUGAAAUAGGAGACUCUACCAUGAUUCCUUAUUUCACAAAUGAAGAAGGACCAAAAUUGGAGUCUCCAAAGCUUUAG